CUCUCUGUUUCAAUCACUUUCGGUUGUGCGUUCGCUCUUGUCUACGUGCUGUUUAGCGCAACAGUGGUUAUACUGGGAACACAGGAGUCGCUCACGUUUAACCUGCCUGUUAUAUUAAUAACAUGAAACGGAGGUGAAUGAAUCGGACACGGAUAUUGCUGUCAGCUCUACUCUGUGGACGCUCUCGGACAUGAGACCAAUAUACAGCUUCAUUUCAUAAACAUCCUGGCCUCCUUCUCUUCACAUUUUCCCUCACAAUGAGACUGUACGCUUUUCUUCUGCAGAACCAUCUACCAAAGAUUGAAUAUUAUUCGCGGUUUUCGCCAUCGCCGCUGUCAAUUAAACAGUUUCUGGAAUUCGGUCGGGACAAUGCAUGUGAGAAGACGUCCUACAUGUUCCUGCGGAAGGAGCUGCCGGUGCGUCUUGCUAACACUAUGAGAGAGGUCAAUCUACUGCCGGACAGACUCCUCAGUCAACCUUCAGUCAAACUAGUGCAGAAAUGGUACUUGCAAAGCUUUUUAGAGCUUCUAGAGUUUGAGAACAGGAAGCCAGAAGAUGGACAUGCCCUGAAUGACUUCUUAGAGACUCUUAUUGAGAUCAGGAACAGACACAAUGAUGUGGUCCCAACUAUGGCCCAGGGUGUGAUAGAAUAUAAGGAGAAGUUUGGAUUCGAUCCAUUCGUCAGCUCCAACAUCCAGUACUUUCUGGACCGCUUCUACACCAACCGAAUUUCCUUUCGCAUGCUCAUCAACCAGCACACUCUCCUCUUUGGCAAUGACAUCAACCCAGCGCAUCCCAAACACAUCGGCAGUAUUGAUCCCAGCUGCAAUGUUGCUGAAGUGGUGACUGAUGCCUACGAAACCGCUAAGAUGGUGUGUGAGCAAUAUUACCAAGCUGCCCCUGAGCUGAAGAUAGAAGAAUUCAAUGCAGCAAAGGCUCCUCAGAAACCCAUCCAGGCAGUUUAUGUCCCCUCGCACCUGUUCCACAUGCUGUUUGAAUUGUUCAAGAAUGCAAUGCGAGCCACCAAUGAUCUUCACGAGGGCAGCAAAGAGGGUCUUCCUCUUAUAAAAGCAAAAGUGACCCUGGGGAUUGAGGAUCUGUCCGUGAAGAUCAGUGACAGGGGAGGGGGCGUGGCAUUACGGAAGAUCGACAGGCUAUUUAACUACACCUACUCGACUGCACCCACACCCAGUCUGGACUCCAAACGAGUGCCGCUGGCUGGGUUUGGCCAUGGUUUGCCGAUCUCAAGACUCUACGCCCGAUACUUUCAAGGAGACCUGAAACUGUACUCGAUGGAAGGUGUGGGGACUGAUGCCGUCAUCUAUUUGAAGGCCCUCUCCAGUGAAUCAUUUGAGCGUCUGCCCGUCUUCAACAAAUCUGCAUGGCGUCACUACCAAGGAGGCCCAGGAGCAGACGACUGGAGCAACCCGAGCAAAGAGCCCAGAGAUACCUCCAAAUACAAGGCCAAGAGAUAAUUGCACUCACCCCAUCCAAACACCCAUAACACUCCCUCUGUCUUUAGUCCAGCUCAUCGAUGCUGUGUAUUCGAUACUUGUUAGCAUUUCCAGAGCAGAAGUUUCUUUACAUCUCUGCUUCAUCCUCCUUUGUGCAGCUACAGACAUUAAAAACACAACCUCUUUUUUAGCGUCUUCCAGGGUGGUUGGAGGCAAUGGUGAAGAUUUGUGGCCAGGGUUGAUGGAUAGUUUCCUUCUUUCUUUUUAAAUCGUGCCACAAAGUAACCCCACUAAAACAGCCAGAGAAGGAAAAAACAAAGAGCACUGCCAUUCAGAAACACACAGGCAAUAGAGAGCUGGUUGGUCAGCAGUUUCUGGUAGUCGAGUAAUGGAGAACCACUCUGAAAAGCCUCAGGAUUAAUUAAGUUACUUUCUGUAGACUCGAAAUUUCACGAAACCAUUUGGAUGUUCAGGUUAUAUGUCAGUGUAGUAUCAAAAGAAAAAUAUGAAUGUAUUUUGCAUGAAGAAAAAAGCUUAGAAGAGUUAUUGUAUAAUAUAUAUAUAUAUCUCAAUAGUGUUGUCAAGAUCCUGGAAUUUGAUAGCAAUUGCAGUGAAAAUUUUAAAAACGUCCAUUUUCCGCUAACAUUUGUGUGCAUUCUUAAACAGUGCUGAUUUGCUAUUGUGUUCAUGUGCUCAACAGAAAUGACUGUGAUUGGCCAUGAUGAAUUGCAGAUUUGAAAUGCUCUAGUGUCCCUUUAUCAGUAAACAGCGGCGUGUUUGGUGACCUUCGUGGCCAAAUCACAGUCAUUUCUGUUAAGCACGUGAACACAAUGGCAAAUCAGCGCUGUUUAAGAAGGUAAAGACUAGAUGGCCGGCCGGAAGUGCUAUAUGCACAUCAAUAUAGUAGCAUAUUUUUAUGACACUGUAUAACAAUAUUGAAUACUUUUCAGUAAUAUGACGUUUGGGUUGGGGGUAGGAGGAAAAAACUACAAUUUAUGGGGUAAUUUAAUAGAUAGCAUAAAUAAUACUCGGUACGACUACUCUUUUUACAUUACUGUGACGGUUGGAUUUAGAGGCGGUUUGGCAGUAGACAUUAUUAAAAUACAAUAAAUGGGAAAUUUAAUAAAUGAUGUAAAUAUUUCUUGUUAACUAACCAUAUCCGAUCUAGCAACAACCGUUUAAGAACGAGCUACACAGCACUCAAAUAUUAGCAUUUUUUAAAAACUCAGUAUCGAUUGGUACUAAAUUCCAGUAUCGUGACAAGACUAAUAUACUAUAACAUUAUAUCAAAUAUUUUAAAAAGUCAUGCAUACAUGUAUAAUUAUAAAAUCUUAUUUUCAAUGUACAUUCAUUUUAUUUGUAAAGUUAUUUAAAUCAUUUAUAUUUUUAAAUGGGUUUUUGUAAUAUUUUAAUAAUAUUUAUUAUUUUAAUAAUAAAAAAAUCAUCCAGGAAGGAUGAUUUUCUUUAAGAGUCAUUUGCACUUAAUUAUCACAACACAACCAAUUUUGCUGGUUCUACAAAUAUUUUUUUAUGCAAAAUCUUUCAUUACUUUUCUUUUAAUGCUCCACGUGAAAUAUCAGCAGGUUGUUUCCUCAUUAGAUGCAAAUACAAGAGAGUAUGCAGAAAAUAACGCAUCUUUCCAAGCACUUCGAAAUGAUGAAUAUAGAUUAAAUAUUUAUCUUUAUUUAUUUGACCCCACAUUUAUUCGCGCAGUCAUGUGGGGUGUGUUGGUUCUGAGCAGGGUCUCAGUCGUUUUUAAGUGGAUUAGAAGUAGCACUUCUACUAUGUUCCCUUUUUAGUCAGCAAUACAAGACAUUCUGCUAAUGUCAAUGAAGAGAGAUUGUGAUAAACUCUGAUAAGAAUGCACCACAGUAGCCUAUAACAGCAUUAGUGCUGUAGUCAUUCAUUUUUCUUUUUUAGUCUUAAAAAAAAAAGCAAAUACUGUUUGUACAGUAUCUUACUGCAUUUUGCAUGGUGACAUGAUAGUUGACAGAAAUAUGCUUGCUUGAAAAGUUUGUUAAAAAAGAAAGUGUAGUUCAAAUCCAUCAACAACCUAGAAAAAAAAGAGUUUAGUUAUCAGCUGACUUAUGAUCCUGACACGAGUUUUAAAAUAGUUUAUCAGACAUUCCUUUUAAUAACAUUAAUGUUUUUCAGAGGACCUCAUCUUAAACUGAUUUAUUUUGGAUUUCAACCAUUUAGAUGACAUGCAGAUCAUCAGACUGUCUGGUUUAAAGGAACCAACGCUUAACUACAAGCUUAACUUUGCCCAGGCUAGUUUGUUUGUUUGCUACACUGUGUACUAUUAUUUCAAAUAUAUAUAAUUUGUCACUCAAUGAUUCUUUUAUACGCACAAAGUGUAUUUAGGUUAACCUGAAUGAUUUUUCUAGUUAGGUAAGUGGCCUAUUAUCUGAAUUUGUGGACUUUCAAAACUUUUUUUUAUCACUUUUUUUACACUCCAAGAUGUAUCUCAAGAAACGUGAGGUUCACCGAUGGAAACUUUGCAGCAUGCUGUUGUAUUUAUAUACUGAUGGAUCAUUUAUCUGUCUUUAUAUAUUAUAUUCUGUUACUCUAUCUUUCCAUGCAAACAUUCAAAACCAUCUACGUGUGUCUUAAUGCUGCUUUAUGAUGUGUUUAGUGAGUCCUCAAGGGAACCUUUUAGGCGUACAGUACUUAAGUUUUCUCAGACGUUAUUGAAGUGUAGUUUUCAGUAUUUAUUUGAAGCUAUUUGUUCGUUUUUGUGUUUAAUUUAGUCAAUGAGGAAUGCACUUUGAUGCCUUGAACCCAGAGCGAUCCGACGAGAAGUAUGCAAGAAUAUUCCUGUGAAACCAAGGCCUUGUGUGUCGUUGUCAAGCUCAAAUUGUCCCAGUAUACUCUUGUUUAUGCAUGAAUAUGGUGUGUUAAUGUACAACACAUUAGAAAAAAAAACUGUUUACCUACUAAGAAAUAUCUAACCUGAUAUUUUAGUGUUGUCCUGCAGCCAUCUUGUAUUUGCAAAAUUUUUGGGUGACUUUUUUCUUGAUCUUAAAGGGUUAGUUCACCACAAAAUUCAAAUUCAUCAUCAUUUACAUGCCCGUUUGCCAUUUCAAACCCAUCCAAAGUCAAAAUAACAUUUUUGAAUGAAACCUCAAAUAAAAUCCAAUGAAAGUUUGGAGCAUCUGGUCAAAAAUAGAUGUACAGUAUAUCAUGUGUCCCACGCGGAAUUUGCGUACGCAGAAAUCCGCAGAUUUUUUGCAAAUAAUUUCAACUAUUUAUUUACUUGUGUAAACUUAUUUUAAUUCAGUUUUUAAAUUAAUUUUAGCAAUAUUAUUGACUAUUAUGAAAAUGUUCGUAUGAUUUAUUUAAAAUACAGUCUGUAAAGUAAUAUGUUAUGUCUUUUAGUAGAGAUAUUAUGUGAAAGACUUGCUUAGUUUACUAAAUAAGUGGAUCUAAUUGGAUUUGCAUUGUAAACAAUAAAUAAUUUAGUUAUUUAUUUAAUUGAAUACGUUAAAAACGUUUUUUUUUAUUUCAUAUAUUAACAUUUUAGUUAUGAUUCUCCCAAAAUUAUUUCGCAUAAAUCUGCAGAUUUUUUGCAAAAUUCUGUGCAGAAAUAGCCCUCCUCAUUAGUCACAUCGGUAUUUUAAUUUCUGAUGAUGAUAAGCAAUAUCAAGACAUUAUAAGUAAAAAGGUCCACUUUAAUUUUACGCGCACAGACAUCGUCACCAAAUAUAAACUGAGAGGUGAGACUUUUUCAUACAUGGCCUUAUUUCACUUGUCAGUUUUUUGUAAAAAUCGAUCUAUUGAAUUAAUCAAUCUUUAAAAAAAUGUAGACUAGAAUUAUGCAUUAUAUGCUUAAUUAUAGAGAGGAAUUAAAGAGGAACCAAGACUGUAUCAGAUCUUGAAGCUGAUCAAUGUUGAUCUUUCUUUUGAGGUGUAGAAAUGAACAAAACAAUAGUCAUAAUACUGUACAAAAUAUUCUAAGAUUAAAAUAUGGAAAAAGUUAUCAGAUGAUAAUAUCGGUCAACGGAUAAACAUGUGUCUUAAUGCUGCUUUAUGAUGUGUUUAGUAAGUCCUCAAGAGAACCUUUUAGGCGUACAGUACUUAAGUUUUCUCAGACGUUAUUGAAGUGUAGUUUUCAGUAUUUAUUUGAAGCUAUUUUUUGUUUAAUUGAGUUGAAAAAAAUCGUUGGCUAGAAUUGCAGUCCUAUCAUAAAGCAGAUCAAUGUCGAUCUUUCUUGUGAGGUGUCAGUGCAGAAAUGUAGAAAACAAUACAAAACGUAGUAUGAUUAAAAUAUGGAAAAGCUAUCAGCUAGUAAUUUUGGUAAAUUUUCCCAACGAAUAAACAGCACUCAAAUUUCAAAUUUCAGCAUGCUAUUACUUUCGUAUUCGUCAUGAAACACACAUUUUCGGGUAGGAAUGAUGACAUCCCGCCCUACUCAUCAUUCUUUCUUCAUAUAGCUGUAUAUAUAACUAUUACACAACCAUAAUACUCUGUGAUACAGUUAGUCCAUUGGAUCGUUUUGCUUUCUCACUACAAUCAAUACCCUCCAGGGUUCGUUUCAAUCCAGCUGAGACCACCUAUUUCAGUAAUCUAGGACCGACUGAUUUGGCGUGGAUCAGAGCGCAAUUGCUGAAAUCAUAUAUGCCAAACGAACUGCAUUAACUGGGCAAAUGAGACAGAAUUCAAAACAAAUGUCUAGGCGUGAAAGCACCUUAACACUAAAUUUUCAUGUUUAUGUGAACUAUCCCUUUAAGAUAAACACCAAUUUUAUAGAUAAAUGCUUUCUGAAGAAAACAUGACAUGUGUUUGCACUGACACAACAAAUCCUCAUCAUAAAGAUAUGGACAUUCCAUCUGAAGUACCUAAAAAAAGAAGAAGAACAAUAAAAAGAUCUUCCAAUACCAUCAUC